AACGCGAAGACAUUUACGCACAUGAAACGCGAUAUUCAUAAAUUCGAUACGAGUGAUUAUCUCGCUGACAACGCGUACGAUAUACCGCUUGUAAAUAAGAAGGUUCCGGGUCUGAUGAAAGAUGAAAAUAACGGAGCUAUAAUGACAGAAUUCGUCGGACUUAGAGCGAAGAUGUACGCGCUGAGAGUAGACGGGAAAAAGGAUACGAAAAAGGCCAAAGGUGUCAAAAGUAGCGUCAUAGCGCGAACGAUAACCUUUAACGAUUAUACACAAUGUUUGAGAGAUGAAGUCGAAAAAAGUCGUCAACAAUCGUAUAUAAGAUCGAAAUUACACCAAGUCUUUACAGUGUCUGAAACAAAAAUCGCUCUAAGUCCAUACGAUGACAAGCGGUAUAUCAUACCCGACUCGAUCGACACG